ACGCACUAAACAAGCGAGUCAAACAUCAUUAAUGUAUGGGUUGUCUCCUAUUUUCUGGUUUACAGAAAUAAACAAAAACCAAAAGAAAUAUAAAUUUCGUAACGCCCAAUCUUCUUUCCAUAUCUACAUUACUCGAAACCCUAAUCCCCAAUUCCUCUUCCAAUAUUUCAAUCACAAUCAUUUAAGAAAAAUCAAAGAGAAUUUUCGAAAAUUUCGGGCGAUUAUCUCAUCAUCCAAACAUUCCAGAAGGUAUUAAGUUGGCUUAGUUAUCAUGAGAUUCAGAAAAGGAAGUAGAGUUGAGGUAUUUAGCAGCAAAGAGGCGCCUUAUGGUGCGUGGCGAUGCGCUGAGAUUAUCUCUGGUAAUGGACACACCUACAGUGUUAGGUACUACUCUUUCAACGAGGAUGCAGUGGUGGAGAGAGCUCCAAGGAAGAUGAUUAGGCCGUGUCCUCCCCAAGUGGACGUAGAGCGAUGGAAGAGCGGUGAAUUGGUGGAAGUUCUUGAUGAUUUCUCCUGGAAAGCUGCCACUGUUCGUGAAGAGUUAUCUGGAAAGUACUAUGUGGUUCGGUUGCUUGGGACUCCUGCUGAGUUUACGUUUCACAAGGCAAACGUCAGGGUCCGACAGUCGUGGCAAGAUGAGAGAUGGGUUGCUAUUGGAAAGAUAUCAGGUUCUGCGAAGUCAUCCACAGUCACUGGAACAGAUCGAAAGCUGCAGCCUCAAAUGAAAAGCAUACUUCUCCGCGAGCCUAGUGUUGUCUCUCCUAGAGUAUUAAAGAGGCCGUUACCUCACAACUGGUCUGAGUGUGCUGAAUCAUACACAGGAAAGACCAAGAAGAUACGAUCACUGGAAGCUUCCUCCAAGAAUCCCCAAACGGUCAGGGUAAGAUCAAAAGGUCUUGGUGAGAGCUUAGUCGCUGAUGAUUGUUACGAUAGCGAUGCAUGCUCAGUUGGUAGCUGUAGCGCCACUAGUUACGAUGGGAGUAACAUGCGACCUUGUAUGCUAGAUGGAUUUAGCCAGCAGGCAGACUCGUGUAGCAGCGAUGCUGAAUCUUAUUGUGGCGUUGGGGAAGAAGAAGCAAGGCGGAAGCAUUCAUUAGGAGGUGAUGGAGCGAGAAGGUCCUGUAGGUCUGAACUAUAUACUUACCGGAGUACUUUGGGGGACUUGUUCGCUUCUGGUCCACUAAGUUGGGAACAAGAAACGUCGUUAACUGAUCUACGUCUUUCUCUUAAUAUAUCAGAUGAUGAACAUUUGAUGGAGGUAAGAAAUUUGAUAUCUGCUGGUACACGCAGUCAAUUUUGCUAGUAUCAAUCAGCAUUUAUUCUUUUUUCUUUUUGUCCUGACAUGUGGAAUCAACUGUCAUAUAGUGUUCUUUUCCAGUGUGUAGACAGCAGAAUAUAAGUAUGUACCGAGACUCUGAUUAGAAUGAAAAUUUACGAGGUUCGGUACGGUUUUCUUUUUUACUGCUCUGUCAGAUUUCAGUUAGCUUCCUCUAUUGUAAUAGAAUAAAGCAAAAUUCAUGUAUACAUACUCUGAGAUAUCAUAUUUUUAAGGGCUGUUCUAUUAGUGCUGUAUUUUAUUCUGUGAUGUCGAUUUUGUAGAUAGUGAAUUUCAUGCUCCUCGUUUGGGGGCAGACUUGUGUGUUGAUAUUCUUGACCUCGUCUUGUUACUUGUGUGACAAGAUGGGUCAGUCGUCUUGUCCUUGUCAGUAGCAGUAAUAUGUGGAUUUUUGGUUCAGUGCAUAUCCAAACUUGUGUCUGAUAUAUUCAGUGCUUCUACUUGUAGCUCUAUGAAGUGUGUUGCAUAGCGGUGUGAGUUUCCUACUCAUCAUCCCUGGAACAGUAUCGCUUUGUUCGUGGCAUACAGACUUUUUGCUUUUAGAGGUCUAACUCUGAUGCUGGGGUUUUCGACUUCUCCCAUGGCCAUCUGAAUGGUGCAAUAUCAUACAUGUUCUUUCUCAAAACAUAAUUGAUUUUUAUUUUGUCGCUUUUUGAUUAUGCGGCUUGUUUCAGGUGUCCUGGUGUCGGACUUGUCCACAGGGCUUUAAAGCUGUGCUUUCGAGCAGGUUUCCUUUAAAUAUAUUUACACAGUCUGAUUGGAUUAUUUUGCUGACAACAUGUCAAGAUCGAGUAUUUUCUCUGUAUUUUGUAGUUCAUUCGUUACGUCUCACGGUGUCUUCCUUUUGGUAUUGUUUCUGAUCUGCUUGCUUCAGUAGAACUGCAUUAUGUUAAUGCUAUCAUGUCUUAGUAUUUUUACCGUUCUAAGCAAUUCUGCUAUAUCCAGACGUAGCCCACACUGCUGUUAUUUUUCUUUUCUUUUUUGUUAUUUCCAAAGGCAUAUUCCUUUGACGCUCAUUCUUCAUUCUUUGGGGAAUAAGCGUUGUGGCAUGGUGAGACUGAGAGAGAUGUAAGAGUUAAAUGGCAUGAACAGGGUAUUUGUAUCCACAUACGUGAAAAUACUAUAUUCUGUGCUCUUGAUUCCUUGUUCUGAUGUGUUCUCAGAAUUGCUUUAAGAAUAAGGACUCAACACAUUUUCUGGAUGAACGCAGACAAUGUGUUAGACUUGAUUGAGAUAUCUUCGGACUCUGAAAGGCAAGAAGUGGUAGCAUUCGCUGCUUAGUUAUUCGGAUUUGCAUUGUGGAUUCUCCAAGCUCCACUCUGUUUACAUGGCAGUAUGAAGUUCCAAAGCCGGAUUCGUUAAUUCUAUUUGUAACAAAUGUAUGGAAUCUUUCUUUAAAGAUCUGUUGUGGUUCUCCACGUAAAUCCAAUUUAAAAUGUUGUCUUAA